AUGCGAGAUGAUGUGAAAGAGCCAUUUCAUAUAGUUUGGCCUCUUGCAAACUGCAGUUGUGCUGCUACCAUUUCAUUCACAAAUUCUAAAAUCCAUUACAAAUUGGUAUCAAAGCUAGACAUACUGAUGGAGAAGCUUAUUCCUAAUCAUGAUGGAUUGCAGAUUACUGCUUUUGGAUCAAUGUCAAUAGGGGAUCAUGUAAAAGUUUUGUGCAUAACGAAGGAGAGGGAAGCUCUUCUCGAGCUUAAACAAGGUCUCAUAGACGAAUAUAAGAUGCUUUCUUCAUGGAAAAAUGAGGAAUGUUGCUCUUGGAGGGGUGUGAAGUGCAGUAACACAACUGGCCAUAUACUCGCCCUUAAUCUUCGUGGGGGCACUGAUAAUGGUAGUAACAUUGUCACGUUGACAGAGUACCUAAAUCUCUCUCGUUCAUAUUUUACUGGUCCAAUUCCUCCUCAGCUUCAGAAUCUUACCAAUUUAAGGUCUCUUGAUCUUAGUAGCAAUUCUUUAACAUUCAAGAGUCUUGAUUGGCUUUCUCAUCUAGUGUAUUUGGAGUACUUAGAUCUAAGUGUAUCCAUUGUGCAAGAGAAAAACUGGUUGCAAGAGAUAAUCAAGCUUUCCAAUCUGAGGGAAUUGCAUUUAUCUUCCUGUCAACUCCCUAUAAUCGACCCUUCAUCUCUUGUAUCUGCCAAUAUUUCCUCCUCUCGUCUUUCCAUCCUUGACAUCUCCUAUAAUCAAUAUUCGUCUCCUGCAAUAGAUAGUUGGUUAUUUAACUUCACUAGUCUUACUAGCCUAGCUCUUUCAGGCAGCAAUUUAGGUCAAAUUUCUACUAGCUUUGGGUGCUUGAAAUCUUUGGACCAUCUUAAUCUAUAUGGAAGUGGUAUUCAAGGCAGGAUACCAAGGUAUUUUGGGAAUUUAAGUCGUUUACGCUCUUUUGAUGCAAGUUCCAAUAAUUUAAAUCAACCAUUUUCUGAGUUGCUUGGUAUCUUAUCGGAGAGUAAUAUAUCGCUUGAAUUUUUGUCCUUUGAGGGAAAUGCACUCACUGGUUCAUUGAAUAAUCUUACUAGAUUUUCAACCUUGAGAGAGUUGAGGCUACACGGCAAUUUGUUGAAUGGCAUUUUCCAUGAAAGCUUUAGACAAAUCUCCAGUCUUGAAUAUCUUGAUUUGUCUAAUAACCAAAUGACAGGGCCAUUACUAGACUUGGCAUUAAUUCCAUCAUUGAGAGAGUUGCAUCUAAGGUCUAAUCACUUCAAUGGAAUGAUACCACAAGACUGCAAGGCUUACCCGAAAGUUUGGGGCAACUUUUCGACCUUGAAAGUUUCGAUGCUCCUUAUAAUUUGUUACAAGGUUAUUAGACUUUCAUCUAGCAAUCUUGGGCCUCUUUUUCCAAAGUGGCUUCAAACUCAGAAUAGCUACUCAUUUCUGGAUCUCUCUCUUAAUAGUAUCUCGGACACAAUGCCUAGUUGGUUUCCAAAGUCGCCUUCCACGUUAUAUUCUUUGAAUCUCUCUUACAACCAAAUCAGUGGAAAGAUACGUGAUUUAUCAGCUAAUAAUGCUCUUAUGGUCAUAGAUUUCAGUUAUAACAAUUUUUCAGGGCCCUUACCAAAAAUUCCUAAAGUGGUUAGUCAAUUGCGUGUUGACAACAAUCAAUUUUCUGGAUCACUUAACUCCAUAUGUACACUUCGUUCACCCACAACCCUUGACUUGUCCGCAAAUCUCUUGUCCGGAGAGAUUCCUGAUUGUUGGACCCCCAUGUCUGUUCCAAUGGUCCUUAAUGUAGCCAAUAACAAUAUAUCUGGAAGCAUUCCGUACUCUCGGUGUUCUUCAACAUCAUCAUUAAGCGCUCUAUAUGUGCGUAACAACAAUUUAAGUGGACAGUUUCCUGCCUCUUUGAAGAAUUGUCAAGGUUUGAAAGUCUUGGAUUUGGGAAGAAAUACAUUGAGUGGGAAAAUCCCGAAAUGGAUAGCGACUAAGUUAGCUUAUUUGGGCAUUCUGAGCCUUCGAUUCAACAAAUUCUCUGGGAGCAUUCCUCCAAGUAUAUGUCAGCUUCAAUCUAUUCAAAUACUGGACCUUUCUGGCAACUAUUUAUCAGGAAGGAUUCCUAAAUGCUUCAGCAAUUUCACCACACUGCAACUUUUGCAUGAUGGUUCAAAUGUGAGCUAUAACUUUGAUCCUUAUGUCACUCGAGUAGGUAUGUUGUACCAUGGCAAUGCAUUAGUCCAAUGGAAAAACAAAGAGUCAGAGUACCGUAAUACUUUGUGUCUUCUAAAAACAAUCGAUCUUUCUAGCAAAGAACUAGUUGGUGACAUCCCUAAAGAUUUUAGCAGAAUGAAUGCACUGCUAUCAUUGAACCUAUCAAGGAACAAUUUGACAGGCACUAUCAUCGAAGGAAUUGGUUUAAUGAAGAUGUUGGAGAGUCUCGACUUGUCAAGGAAUCAGCUCUCAGGGAAAAUCCCAAUAGGCCUUGCUAAUUUGACAUUUCUUAGCGUGUUGGAUUUGUCAAACAACAACUUCUCUGGGAGAAUACCGUCGAGCACUCAAUUGCAAGGCUUUGAUUCCUCAAGCUAUGGUGGGAAUAUUCAGCUAUGUGGCCCUCCUCUUCCAGAGUGUCUAACCUUUGCUCCUCCUGAAUCCUCAUGUUGGUUAUGA